AUGGCGGCUGUGAUUGAUCCAACGAAACCUACCAAGUAUCCCGUCGUCCUGAGCGAUGCACUUUUAGGUGGGACGGCGAAGGACGUUUUCACAAACAUACGAUACAAUCACAAACCCGAAUUAGCCUCAGAAACCUCCCCAGAACAGGCUCGCCUUAAACCGGCACUCCCCGGCUCGACCUCCUCGUACGAGCUCUCCUUUCAAGAUGACGGUGGGAAAUACGCCUAUGCGGGCACUCGCACCAUUGGCGAAAACCAAUACAUCCUCUACUUUGACCCUUCACGCAAGGUCUUUGUCCUUGACAAAGUGGACUCAACCUUCAACAUGAACUUGACCCGCACCCCCGAUAACUCCGAUCCGGAGAGCCUGCGACUGCAGUUUCAACAGCUCGACACCUCCAUCACCGCGGACACGAGACCCGCCCAAGCGCAAGGCACCUCCCAAGAAGAAGAAGGAGGAGGUGAAAUCGAUCGAGUUGACUCUGCCCGAGCCCGCCGCCGAACCCAAAAGGAGCCAGAGAAGCCCAAGAAGAAGAAGAAGCCGGACCCGGAAUCCGAGGAAUCCGAAGACGACGAUGGCGGGCUGCUCGUCGAGUAUCCUGGCAGCGAAGCUAAUCGGCAAAACGAUUUUUCGCCUGCUUUCCCCGACAACGCGAAGCCCUUGCGGCGCUUCUCAGACUUUGCCGAGACCUUACGUGAGUCCGGAAACGAUGAUUUGGACGGGGAAAGCGUAUCCGACAACGAUGACCGCCGCCUGCCCAGUCCGGUUGCGAAGCAGACCACCAAUCAAUUGUACGAAGGCGAGGAAGAUGAUGACGACGAAGAGGUGGAGAUGGAGGACGUUGAUAUGCAGCGUGACCUCGAGGCAGAUUUAGAGGCGGACCUCGAGGCCGGGCUCGAGAAUGAGCUCGAGGCCCACCUUGAAGCCGGCCUUCAGUCGAACCUGGAAGAUGACCUCGCCGCUGAGCUGGAGAAUGAGUUGAUGCAGGCCAACAGCGGUCAGGACGCCGACUCGGAAAGCGAAGUCAGUGAGGAAGAUUAA